UAGGAAGUGCUGUGCUCACGCUUCCUGUACAAAUAAAUGCAGCUUUCCCACAGCCACUGCAUGCGGGCUGUGAGGCGCGGGUAAGAUAUAAUGGCAGCACGCACUUAAUAGCAGGGAGGGGAUGAUUUCUCGGAGUGGCACAGGGGCUGGGAGACGAGCGCUGCUGCAGCCCUUACAAGUGUUCAGCUGUCAGAGAGCCAGGGACGAGGAAGGGCGUGUAAGAGCAAUCGGCUCCGCUCCUCGCUGCGAGCUCCGCGGCUCUGUGGCAUCGUGGUUCUUUGGGAAUGCCCGAGUCUGAGUGCAGCCGCUGAAAAGUCACACAGCUGGCAGUGAGCGCUACUCUCCUUUCAAGGCUGAGUUGCACCAUUAAUGACUGAAUGGGCUCUGCUGAGAAGGCUUGUCCUGACACCAUGACAGCUGAUGAGUCCGAAGCUGGAGAGUUAGCUCUGGAGCCUCUCCUCACGUGCAAGCUAUGUCUCUGUGAAUAUUCCCAGGAUAAGAUGACCACUCUUCAGGAAUGCAACUGCAUCUUUUGUACAGCGUGUCUAAAACAGUAUAUGGAGCUGGCAAUUCAAGAAGGUUGUGGUUCCCCUAUCACAUGUCCAGACAUGGUAUGCUUGAACCAUGGGACCCUACAAGAAGCAGAGAUUGCCUGUUUGGUUCCUGUUGACCAGUUUGAGUUAUACAAGAGGUUGAAGUUUGAACGAGAAGUCCACUUGGACCCCCAGAGAACAUGGUGCCCCACAGCCGACUGCCAAACCGUGUGCCACAUUGCACCGAGCGAGUCGGGAGCGCCAGUGCCAGUGGAGUGCCCCACCUGCCACCUGACCUUCUGCUCCUCCUGCAAGGAGCCAUGGCACGGGCAGCACCUAUGCCAGGAAAACCAAACGACCCCAGUACCCACUGAGCAGGGAUUCCUUAUUGGAGCAGAGACAGAGGCACCAAUUAAGCAGUGCCCAGUUUGUCGAAUUUAUAUUGAGCGAAACGAGGGCUGUGCUCAGAUGAUGUGCAAGAACUGCAAGCACACGUUUUGCUGGUAUUGUCUACAGAACUUGGAUAAUGAUAUUUUCUUACGGCAUUACGACAGAGGCCCUUGCAGAAACAAGCUGGGCCACUCACGGGCUUCAGUGAUGUGGAACAGAACACAGGUUGUGGGGAUCCUCGUUGGACUAGGUAUCAUAGCGUUGGUGACCUCUCCCUUGCUGCUUGUGGCAUCUCCAUGCAUCAUCUGUUGCAUUUGCAAAUCUUGCCGGAGCAAAAAGAAAAAACCCAGCCUGCCAACAACCUAAAACUCUGUGUCUUUUUGAGUCUCCAUCUGUACAGCAUAAGUAUGUGAGGAAGCACAAUGGUUGUGUUUUGGUGCCAUACCUACCAAAUAAUGCUCCCUUUUUUUGCCAGUUCUUGGGAUAAGUGCCUAUUCUUUACAGGCUACUCUAUCACUAACAAGUCCAGAUUUUUGUGCAGUACAUGCAGUGUAGGUUUUUGCUUCCUGAAGAGGAAAACAGGACACCAUUCAGUCCUUCAUACCCCAUUCAAGACUGAUAGAACAUUCCUGUUUUCCAUCAGCUGCACAUGACUUGAUCCUGCUGCAUUACUCUGUCUUUGCAGAUUCAGUCAUUACUGUUGUGCUAGCUGUUGGUUCUUGGUGACACUCAGAUUUCUCAGAAAGUUUUGGGUCUUUUGUGAAAGAGAGAGAGGGAAGGCCUGAUUAGGUUCUUCUGUCUGAUAGCUUGUGUACAGUUAAACGUAACAAACCGUUAAGAAAAUAUGUUUGGUAGUUUCCUAUCAAUUGGCUGCCAUGGCAUUUCUUUCAGCAUUGAAAUCCAUUUGAUUUUUGCCCUUGUUCUCAACUACAGAAGUAAAAAACCACCAAAACGGUGUCUAAGAUAGGGCUCUCUUUAAGAGACUGGACCUUGAGAAAGCUGCUAUUUUUUUUCACAUCAAACAUGACAUAUCUAUAAUGAAAUAUUAGGAAUAUGCAUAUUUCCCUACCACUGGGCAUGCCUUUUGUCAGUACCAUGGGUGUAGAAAACUCACAAUGGAGGUAAUAUUGUAAGAAAGACUGUGAUACAGUUCCCAUUUUGUGCGGAGCGUUGGCAUCCUGGUUGGGUCUUUGCAGAGUGGCAGCAUGGGCGCAGAUAUACCACGUACAUAUGACCAGUCAGUAUAUUUUUUUACAACAGUUUACAUGGGGUGGCAGCAAGAACCCUGAUAAAAAGUUAUUGAAACCAGGCUAAGCCAAGCCCUCCUUCAAAACCUUAUGGACCUGCUGAAGUGAAUACUUGAGAAAUGCUGUGUAAAUGUGACCUCUAUCCAUUGGUGGGUAUUUCUUUUGUCCUGCUCAAGGUUAACCAACUCUGUUAGCGAUAUUUUUUAAUUACUCUAAAUCUGGAAGGCUAUCAGUUAAUAAGUGCUUCAUUUUAAUUUGGUGCCUCACCACCAAACCAAUUCAAACCCUGGUGUCUGUUACACCUGUGUAAGUUCACUGAAAGCUCACUGAAGAGCUGGAAUUACUGCAGCUCUUCAGUCAGGAGUAGCUGAGAUCAGACUCUGCUCCCUGGAGUUUAUUUCCUUAAUGGAUGGUGCUCCUCACAACCGGGGCCGGUGGCGCUUUUGUUCUGGACUCCCAUCUGUGCAUUCUAUAUCUGUGGGAGCAGAUUCAAGUUUGCACUGUACAAUUGGUUGUAAUUCCAAACCCCUUUCCACAAGGGCUGCAGGGUUUGAAGGAGACGCUCGGCCCGAGUGCGGUGUCGGGCUGGCGCUCAGCCCAGCUGCCCCUGUCGGAGCACAGAGCGUGGCUCAGCUGGGAGUGCCGUGAUGGUGCUGUGAGUGCUGCCUGUGUGUGCUGCUUGGCCAAGCCUCAGGAACUUUGCCUUCUUGGCAGCUGUAAAUGUGACCUUUUUUCUGUUUAACUUCGCUCUCUGGUUACUGUAACAAAAGUGGCAGGUUUUCUUCUUUUGAGAAAGUGUAGUCUGUUGAGCAGACUAGCAAGGACAGAGGCCUUAAAUGAUACUGUCUGUUUUACUUUUUAAUUGACUUCUUUUAUAAAUACUGCCUGACUUUGCUACCAGUCGUGGCUGGAGGGCAGGCAGUGCUCGCCAGUGUGAAAGACUGUAUUUAUUCUUCAUCCUCAGCUUUGAAGGGAAGCAGAACAGUAGACAGUACAUUCUAAAUACAGAGUGCAAUGCAGGCAACUGCCAUUUAUAAUAAAUAAAGAAUGUUUUCUGUAUGUGUUUUCUGGAAGAGCACUAAUGGUAGUGCUUUGGGGUACUUGUGACAGAUUAAAGUGUCCAGCCCUUGGCUUUGCACUAUUUUUCUACCUAUGUUUUUAUGGCACUACUGUCAUUUCCAUUUUAUUUAUGAACUUGAAGUUGCAAGUCUUACUUUAACAAAGCCUCAAGGACAAAUAUGUAGGAGCUGUACAGUCUCUUUAACCAGAACCAGCAUUGCAAUGUACCAAUAUCCUUUGCAUGUUAAAAUUUGAGCUUUUUUCAUGUUUUGUGAUCUUACCCAUGACCAAUGCAUCCUUUGCUAGUUUUGUUCCUUUCCUUGUUCUU